AGAAAAAGGAAGAAUAAUAAUAGCAUGAAAAUAAAAAAAUAAAUAAGGGCGGGAGAGGAGAAAGAAUUGUAAAAAGGAAAGGGGAAGGAAGAAGGCAAAAGAGAGUGGAUCGAUUCCUUUCCGCAGCACCGGACAUUUAUAAAAGCACUUUUCCAUCCCCAAAUCCCUCACAAUCUUCCAUUUUUGCCUCUCUCUCCUUCGCCACACAAAAAAAUAAUACAAAACAAAAAAAAGAAGAAACUAGAAUAAGAAUAAGGAGAAGGUUUUCGUGAUGGCGUCGAAGCGGAUCUUGAAGGAACUUAAGGAUCUCCAGAAGGAUCCACCAACCUCUUGCAGCGCCGGACCUGUUGCUGAAGACAUGUUUCACUGGCAAGCAACAAUUAUGGGUCCUCCAGACAGUCCUUAUGCUGGAGGUGUUUUCCUCGUCACUAUUCAUUUCCCUCCGGACUAUCCCUUCAAGCCACCCAAGGUUGCAUUCAGGACGAAGGUAUUUCACCCAAAUAUUAAUAGCAAUGGAAGCAUUUGCCUUGACAUCUUGAAGGAACAGUGGAGCCCUGCCCUAACUAUUUCCAAGGUGUUACUUUCAAUUUGUUCCCUAUUGACGGACCCCAAUCCUGAUGAUCCUUUGGUCCCCGAAAUCGCCCACAUGUACAAGACAGAUAGGACUAAGUACGAGUCAACUGCCAGAAGCUGGACCCAGAAAUAUGCUAUGGGUUAAGUGACCUGUGGUAUGGGUUAAGUGACCUUUCUACUUCCAAUGUUUAGGCCUCUCAGCCCUUGUAUGAAUAUUUGUUGUUUUCGACUAUGAUUAAGGCCCCUCCAGUUGAAGAUGAAAGGGGGAAAACGUUUAUACUACUCUGUUUUCAAAUGGUAAUUUAGAACAGUGAAAUGUGGCCCAAAUCAAAUGUUAUUCUCAAAUUUGUAAACUUUCUACUGGUGCCGUUGCAUGUUUAUUAAUUUUUUCCCGUUGAAUUGAAGAGUUGCUCAUCA